UCACAGCAAGGUCCUCUGACCAUCAAACAGAGCUCGUUAGUUUAUUCAGUCUGUUCCGUUAUAAGGCAUUUCUUAUGUUUAGGGUUUUUUGUUUGUUUGUUUCAAUAAAGACCACAGAUUGUAAUCAUAUCCCAGAAAUUUGGCUUUUUAGAAAACUUCUGAGGACUCUCAUCAAGGCUGCUUUGGUACCUGGGUGUGGCGUCAAUUAGUGGUAGGCCCUCCAGGGGUAAAUGGAAGGGGCAAAUGUAUGUCACUUGAUUAGCAUUGAGAACCAGGUAAAUUUUUGUCUCAUCCUUGGUUAAAAGAGAAAAUGCUACUGUAGCUGAUGGGAUUCUGUGGCCAGUACUCCAUCAAUCUGAUCUACUCAAUUUUUUAGGGAGGAGCCAGGCCUGAUGAGAAAUCCAAGAAGGGUCAAGUGAAGGCAGUGUCCAAGGAUAUGGAAAGUUCUUAGCCUUAAAAAACUCCUGACUGAGGGGAGGGACGGGGUGAUAAUUAAUAGCAUGCUAGUCUCCAGGCUUGGCAAAUAAGCACUCUUCAUUUAAGAUUGCCUGGACACCUGGGAAACAGUUCUUGGGCUAUAUAUGACUAUCGUAAAGUCAACAUAGUCACACAAUUGGUGUGGUGACCCACUAGCCAGAGGCCUUGAGAGAUGCAAUAUUAGGGAAGUGAGAGAUUGAGGAAGGAGAAGAUGCACAAUGUGACAUGUUCAAUCUCACAAAGUUUCAUUCAACAAUUAUUAAAUAUUAGGAACUGAACAUACAAGAAUAAAAGAAAAGCUCUUUCCUGUGUUUUCUCAUUCAUUCAUUCAACUGUUUGCUAUAAUGAGUACACAUAUCUUCUUUUAAUGGACUUGUGCACCACAGCUAUGGGUGCACACAGUUGGUAUAAGGUAUAAGGCCAUGAACAAGACACAUAUGAUUGAAUACAAUAAAGUCACAGGUAGAGUAUUGGAAUUGUCAAUUUAGGUCCCUCAGAGGUCAGCAUGGAUGAGAGUCCAUAAAAGCUCUGAAGGUACCUAAUUUAGUUUCCACAUGGGAUGGGGCAGGAGGCAGAGAAGGCUUCCUGAAGGACGUAACUCAUGAUAUUUGAACGAUGAACAGAAGUUAGUAAGGCACAGUACUGAGGAGGGUGGAAGGUGGAGCAGAAAACUUUGUCAGAUGUCACUUCCUUAAUCCUGUGGUCCACUGAGUUAAGAAUACCAUCAGGCUCUCCUAACACCAUAGCUGGGAACAAGUCUUACAGGAUUGCAUCCUUUUACAUCAUUUUAUAUAUUAACAGGAAAGCAGUCUCAUCUGUGAUGCUGGGGCCACCCUACAACCAUACAAGAACCCCUUGCCACCUUGUCCUGGUGGGUAUUCCAGGUUUGCAAUCUUCACAUCUUUGGCUGGUUACCUCACUGAACAUCAUGUAUACCAAAGCCCUGUUAGAAAACACCCUCAUAGUGACUGUAAUGUGGAUGGAUUCCACCCUACAAGAGCCCAUGUACUGCUCCCUGUAUAUUCUGGCUGCUGUGGACAUUGUCAUGGCCUCCUUGGUAGCGCCCAAGAUGGUGAGCAUUUUCUCCUUAGGAGACAGCUUCAUCAACUUUAAUGCUUGUUUCACUCAGAUGUAUUUUGUCCAUGCAGCCACAGCUGUGGAGACAGGGCUGCUACUGGCCAUGGCUUUUUGCUAUGUGGCCAUCUGUAAGCCCCUGCACUACAAGAGAAUUCUCACACCUCAAGUGAUACUGGGAAUGAGUGUGAUCAUCACCAUCAGAGCUAUCAUAUUCAUGACUCCAUUGAGUUGGAUGGUGAGUCAUCUGCCUUUCUGUGGCUCCAAUGUGGUUCUCCAUUCCUACUGUGAGCACAUAGCUGUGGCCAAGUUGGCAUAUGCCCACCCCAUGCCCAGUAGUCUCUACAGCUUGAUUGGUUCCAUUACUGUGAAAACCCACAGAACCUCCAUUACUGUGGGUUCUGAUGUGGACUUUAUCGCCGCCUCCUAUAACUUGAUUCUUCAGGCAGUAUUUGGUCUCUCUGCAAAGAAUGCUCAGUUGAAAGCAUUAAGCACAUGCGGCUCCCAUGUCAGGGUUAUGGCUCUGUACUACCUACCUGGGAUGGCAUCCAUCUAUGUGGCCUGGCUAGGGAAGGACACAGUGCCUUUGCACAUCCAGGUGCUGGUAGCUGACUUGUACCUGAUCAUCCCACCAACCUCAAACCCCAUCAUCUAUGCCCUGAGAACCAAACAAAUAAGGGAGCGAACAUGGAGCUUGCUGACGCACUGCCUCUUUAACCACUCCAACCUGGGUUCAUGA